AUGCCCUGGUAUUACGAGGACAAGCCGUGCGCGGGCAUGAAGGAGGACCUGGGCGCCCGUCUGCUGCGCCUGGACUGUGUGCUCCAGGAAGGAAAAUCCCCUCUGCAGUGUUUGAAGGAAGGAAACUGCAAAGCUUUGAAAUACUCAUUUUUCGAAUGUAAAAGGUCAAUGUUGGAUACCAGAUCAAGAUUCAGAGGAAGAAAAGGAUAUUGGUACUAUUAUGUUGAAAGCAAGACGAAAUAA